CCCACCAUGGCGGCCGAACUCACACGCACCGAGUCGUUCCAGUACCCGUCGGGUCACUUCGCCCAUCUCUCCGAGAACCAACAAGUACAGUUACAGGAAUUCAAGCAGUUAUGCCAGGCUGGCGGUUAUUACACCCCCGCCGGAACAGACGGCACCAGCGAAGCCAGUCACGACGACGAGACACUUCUACGCUUUUUGCGCGCCCGCCGUUUUGUGCCCCAAGAAGCAUAUAAGCAGUUCCAAGACACCGAAAACUGGCGCAAAGAAAACAACAUCGAUGACUUGUUCUUGACCAUCGAAGUCGAGGAAUUUGAACAGACAAGACGCUUGUAUCCCCAAUGGCUUGGACGGCGGGACAAGCGAGGGAUUCCCGUCUACCUGUUCGAAGUCGCCCCGCUCAACUCCAAAAACAUAUCCAACUACGAGAAGGAUCUCGCAAAGGCCAAAACCACCUCCCCGAAAGUCGCGACGAAGAAUUUGCGCCUGUUCGCCUUGUACGAGUCGCUGACGAGAUUUGUUCAACCCUUGUGCUCAUCGGUGAAGCGUAACAACCCGGAAACGCCCAUUUCGCAGAGCAACAACAUUGUGGACAUUAGCGGAGUAGGCUUAAAGCAGUUUUGGAAUCUCAAGAACCACAUGCAAGAUGCGUCGCAGCUAGCUACUGCGCACUAUCCCGAGACGCUGGACCGCAUCUUCAUCAUCGGCGCGCCGGGUUUCUUUCCGACUGUCUGGGGCUGGGUAAAGCGAUGGUUUGAUCCCAUCACAGUCUCCAAGAUCUUCAUCCUCUCUCCUCAAAACGUCUACCCGACCUUGACCCAGUACAUCGACCCUGAAAACAUCCCAAAGAAGUACGGUGGACAGCUCGACUUCAAAUGGGGCGACAUGCCCCACCUAGAGCCCGAACUCGACGCCCAAAUCAAAUGGGAAAAACCCGCGACGCAAAACGGCAAAAACACGUUCCCUAUAGGCCCGUUGAUGUGGGAGAAGGGCGCAGACGGCCAACUCAAAGCUAUAGCCGUGGGCCACGAAAACGGGCAACCAAGACGAAGAACAAUCUUCACGAUCCCACACCCAGUAACCAUACAUACAACCGCGGCGCAAUCGCAAACCGCAACCCCCACCGACGCCAUCAACGACAAUGCGACGACCACCCAGCCUUCAACAACCGCAGAUACCGCCACCGGCACCUCGACCCAACCCACCGACACAGCCGUCGAAGCCGCAUCCCUCGACCAAACCCCACCCUCAUCAACCGCAACCCCGCAGCCAGAACCCGUCCAACCAUCCCAAUCCACACCUACAUCCACCCUCCCCGUGCGCGAGGGGACCUCGGAAACGCGCUACGACCAGCAACACCCGACGCACGCAUCUGGCCAGCUCGCCACAGGCACCCCGCACGCCGCCACCAACGACCACGGCCACGGCGACAAAACAGUCACCAUGGAACCGGGAACGGUCGGACAAGCGCCAAAGGACGUCUCUGUCCCUACCCCUGCUCCCUCCGAGCCCGCGGCCGCCCCGGGAUACGUCGAGCAGGCCAAGGCGGCGGUGUCGAGUGCUGCUGGCGCUGUCACGGGGCUUGUUGGCGGCAGCGCUGUUAGCAAUGGGGAUGGGGUGGUCAACGGCAACGAGGACAAGGAGAAGGAGAAGUCGCCGGAACAGAAGGAACUCGAUUCAAAGAUCGAUCAGACGGCUGUGCCGGUCGUUGAGACUAUGCUUCGGGAGCAGCAGAGAGCUGGUGUGCCGGAGACUAAGUCAUAG